UGUCGCAGUGUCUCCACACACGAAUGAUUCAUUUCUCCAUUUUCAUUUUGAAUUUAGUACUCCGCUGUAGAUGUUUCCUCCUUGAUGUUGAGUGAUCAACUCUUUUGCGACUUAAUUAAUAGUUUUGCUUCUAUGUUGUUAAUAUAUAGUUAAGUUAAUAUUUUUCUUUUUCGACCUCCAUUUCUAGCAUGCUUCGCUUCGCAGCGCGCUGAAACCUGAAGCUCCUGCGCACGACGACGGACAACCGAUUGAAAUUUUCUUGGCGCAACCUCCCUUGUCGAUGGAGUCCGACGCAGCAGGACCACGAAAUGGCUAACGACUCCGCUUACGACUACAAAUAUUUCUCUCUCUCUCUCUCGACCACGAUGACGUAUUGCUCGUGCUGAGAUUGAGUAGGUGGAGUUGCAUAUACUACAAGAACAAAUCGGACGACCGGCUUGCUAGUACGGGAACGCAGCCCACAUAGCUGCAGGCUGUAGUUGCGGGCACCAAGAUUGUUCUGGUAGUCGCGAUGCUGACCAUCUCCGAGCACGAGGAGCACCGGGGCGGUGGAGCAGCAACUCCCGGAAGUGCCGGACACGUAUCAAAUGUAAAAAUAUCUGGGUCUGGAAGAAUGCAACUUGUGAUGCUGCAUUUGGAUUCUAGAAAAAUCUGUAUUGCAUGAGUACCAAAAGGAAUGCAAUUUUUGCUACGCGGAGAGGGCAUUUUUCAUGCGGAAUAGGCAUCAAGAGCAAGAAGCUCUCGAAAAAUCUGUGAUGCUCGGGCAUGCAUCACAGACAUCAGGGCUCAUGCAAAACGUGCAUGACAAGUGUCAGAAUCUUCCAGAGGACCCGGACAUUUUUACAUUCCAUAACACAACAUGCAACACCAAUCCGCACCAGACGCGCCAAAUCUUCCUCUCGCCUCUCCGCUGACACGCACAGAUGUGGCAAACCCCGUGCAGUUCUCGGCGAACUCGGUACAGCAAACACCAAAACUGCAGACACCCGCCAUUAUCCUGUGCAAAAGUAUCGUACUCGCAAGACAAAUUUCUCUUUUAAGCUAAAUCAGCGUGAGAAAUUCCAUUUGUAGUCAUGCUGAGCUAAUUUGUAUUGCAAUACUACGAAUACGAUACUUGUGCAAUGCAUAGCAAUUACCGCGCACCAAUCAAUGGCUUACCCGGGGCGGGGCGGGUAUGAGAAGGAAAAAAAAAAAAACAACCCACAACACUCGAAGCCAGCAUUUCUAGUUGUCACAAGGUGGUCGUAGCCUGUCGUGCAUCAAGGCAACAUUGGUGUCAAAGGGACAUAUACCUCUGUUCUCCAUUUUGCAUUCAAAGCCCCAACACCGUCAGCUAUCCUUACCUCCGUAUGGAAAAUUUACGCGUAACGACAACUACUAAUAUCAGUUGUAACUGACACCGCAACACAAAUUGGGCUUCGAUUUGAAGGGUGAGCUUUUUUUUUCAACGUGAUAGCCCAAGUAUCGACUUUGGGGCUCUCGGUGGGUCUUCAACCCUGCCCGGCAUAAACCCCGAAGAAGAAGGGGUACCACUCCAGUCGCACCUAUCACAGGAAAAAGUGUUAACGUUAACGGUUUUCACAGAUUGCAGUCAUGCAUCACAAGCGUAGCCCAAUAUGCAUGCUAUGCAUUUACAAAUUUUGCCAUGUUUUGUGAUGCGCUCCUGCAUUACAAAUUCCGUCAACGUUAACACUUUUUGGUGUGAUGGCACCUGCAGAUGAACCCGAUAAACCAAAACAAGUACGAAAUGCAAAAGCAUCGUACUCGUAUAAAUGCAGGUCUUGCAUUACAAAUUUCUUUGUCAAGGCAAAUCAGCAUUACAAAUUUUAUUUCUCAUGCUGAGAAAAUUUGUAAUGCAUUUAUACGAGUACGAUACUUUUGCAGUUCAUAACAAGAUACGCACUGCAAUGAAAGCGUCUUUUACAUUUCACCGACUUGCAGUACUUAGGAGCGAGGAGUAACACAAAGCCAUUUAUUGUUUGGUCAUGCGGUAGUUGUUGGAACCAGUAUCAGUCACUCUAUCUGUAGUUGUUGUAGUGCUGUAGUACUUGCGUAGACGAUACGAAAGAAGCCUUUUGCAGUGCAUGCAGCACACCCUUUUCCGACAUUUUCGGAUGGUCUUGGGAGUGUGGGUCUGACGUCGGUUCGGUUCCUAGCAUCUGGUCACGGGCAAGCACGCAAAGAAGCGGGUCGGUCGGUGGUGGGCAGUUCGGAGGUGGGCCGCCAGGUGGCGCACCACAACCAGGAACUCCGAGCGCUGCCUAUCGUGAAGGGAAAAAAGCUAGCAUAUGACUCAAGUUUGUCAUGCCGAAAGCAAAAGAACGAAAAGAUUGAAAGAAGACGCAAACCAUCGUCAUGCAAAAUCAAGCAUCAAUAGAGCUAGCGUUUUUCCCCGUUGAUACUACCAGUCUGGGUAGCAUGAACGCCGGUGGCGGGCUGCUGAAUAAGUCCAUCUCAAGUUCCGACGGACAGCGGCUGCUUAUCCGCAGUAAAUUUCCCGUACAUGUCCAAGUACAAAUGAGCUUUCUGCAUGACAAAAAUAAAGAUUGCCUUCGAUCGUAGUUAUCAUGACAAGUGUCGCACUCCAAAAAAUUGGCGAAAUUUAGUUGUGAUGCAUCUUUUGCAUAUGCGGGAAAUUAUUUGUAUUGCAUACUGCUCUACAUAAAGCCACAAGAGGUGCCGACAGCCACGGGUGGAACGGGUAUCAGAUGGUGAAAAUCAUUGUAUGAGUCACGCAGGGGCUGAUUUGCAAUUUUGAGACAAGAGCAAUUGCACGAUAAAAGUUGAAGUUUGUCUGAAGGUUGAGUACCCACAAGCCUUUAUUAGGGCUCGUAAGUGCGAUUGCUUUUGAACAAAGAAACCGAAAACUGUGAUGCAAAUCGUCCGAUACGAUGCACUUCUGUAAAGCUCAGCUAUGCUUGACUAAACUUCCUCUUUUUCGUUGGAUAGCUUUGGUGAUAGGUCUGCGGAAGGAGAUACCAGAGCAAUGGUAAGCGAAAUAAGCUGGUCGUCCUCUACUAUGUGAGCAUUACCUUUUUUGGUUUUUUUUUUUCCUACUCAUGUUCUUUGUACCUGUGGUGUCUGACGAUGCUCAUAGGUAUUUUUGAUCCAGCCAUGAUUGUGACUUUGCGAUACAAAAAGCUUCAUCUCUUUGAUCAACACGCUUUUUAGGUGGAACCAAGUGGAGAUACUUCUGGUUGGCGGAAGCUCAGUUAUGGUUGGAAAAAUCUUUUCUUGAUCUUACUUGAGUUAAGCUUUUGUUUUUGCAGAUGAACCUGGUCGCUGGUCGUGGGUGUAAUGCGACUUAUUUUGCAAGAGUAGUACGUUAAACUAAAUUAUUCGCCUGAACAAGAAUCGACCGAAAAAUAAAACAUGAACAUCUGAACUGGAACAAGAAGAUUUUUGUCCCUGCAUUUCCUGUACACAGUUGACCUUGAAGCCGUCAGGGAUAAAAAAGGGCAAGAAGCUUUGCAUCAAAGUGCCGCCAGCACUGGAAUGUCGAGACUACGAUGUCAGGGUGGUAUAAAAGUCGAUUCUUUAGUUUCUUUGUUCAUCAUCAUCUUCAGUAGUGUAAUGCUUGAUCAUCUUGAUCUUUGAUCUUCUUUAUGUCAUGCACGAGCUACAGGAAUCAUGAGAAUGUGCAAAGUCAACUUUGAUGUCGUGUUUCUGCAUGACACAAAUUUCUUCAACUCUAGGUGUUCGCGGGCAAAAUCUUGCACGGAGCCAUACCACUUGCCGUACGGGGAGACUCGGACGCCGAAAGCGACUCGGAGACGUGAAAAUUGCUUCUUGUGUACUCGUCGUGACGACCAGCCUCGUUACUAGCAUCAAAUUGGGAGGCUUUCAUAGAUGAACCACUGGAACCUCCGUCCUCUGCGAUGUGGCAUCAUUGAGUUCAACACGACAUCACAAGGUACUUAGAUCAAAAAAGCUUUCUUGCAAGGCAAAAUGUCUUCAAACAAAACAAGUGCAAAAAAUAAAAACGAAUCUGCACCAGAUGAAUUAGAUGAUCCUGAUGACACUUCUAAUGUGUUCUUGCUCGUUGACCACAGGACACAAAUCUGUUGAAGACUACCAGCAGCGCGAGCAUGCUACUUUUUCGACGAAAAC